AUGCUGCUACUUUCUUCCAUACCUCUGCACCUCUUGUUUAACUCCCUGAUCUUUCAGACAGAUCAGCGCGACUCGGAGUAUCAAUUGGCCAUUGCGAGCGAAGGCUUCUUCACUGGUGUUCCCUUCUACGUGCCGGGGGCGUCCCUGAACCCUCCCGGAUGGAUGACGACAUCGUCAGGCUUUUACGGGGGGGGUGGUUAUGGGCUCGGGGUGAUACUUCCCAGCAACAAUUCAUCAGUUUAUCACCGCAAUGUAUCUGCUAUGGCCUCCGAGGCACUAAUCUGGGAUAAUCUAACCGCUCAAGAGUGUUACAAUGAUUAUUUUUCAUGUGGGGGCAUUAAAGGACACCGCAAUGUGAUUGCUGUUGUGGAUCAAAAAGACGGAUGGAUCCGGGACGAAGUAUGGAAUUUAAUGGCAAAUCAGAGCGAGUUCUGGGACCCUAUAGUUCCAUCAAAUGAAACAAAUUCUCUCUGGUGGGCAGGACCAUGCGCGAUGAUGGCUGAGUACGUGAAAGAGGACGGCGUGGUCUGUCGCGACACAUGCACUUCUUCCUGGGGUCAUGAUGGAUACAUGGAUUCUCCAACCUCCAAGAAGACAAAUAACAGUCCUUGGGUGCUUUCUUUCUUUAACGACUCGAGAGUAAUGUGGUUGGUGAACAACACCAAAGGCCCCGACGGUACUUACCUUCACCAGGCCAGUCCGAAUGAGUAUACAAACGACAUUACCCCUGGAGCUUCCGAUUUGACUGUCAACUAUUGCUUAGCUGAGCCCAUCGACCACUUUUGUUACGUUAGCAUAUCAAAUGUCCUACUACUCGCAGUUACGAUAUGUGUGCUCGUCAAGACGAUGAUGGCUAUCAUUGUUACUGUUGUACUUGCCCGCCGCGAUCAGGCGCCACUCGUGACCAUGGGAGAUGCUGUCGUCUCUUUCAUUGAGCGUCCAGAUCGUACAACCGUGGGAAUAUGCACGAUUGGACAGCGAGAUAUCCGGGGGCACUCGAAUCAAUACCAGGCCACCCAACUGGCUGGGCCAAGAGCUUGGGCGGCGCGCGUGUCUCGUCGCUACAAAGUUGUACCAGUCUCGGUCUGGUUUACUAGUUAUGCAUUAUUUGCUUUGGGCGUUGGGGUGAUUUCUUAUUUUCUAAACAUGGCCAUGACCUUUUUGGACCACCACCUAACUGGUCAGGUCUUGGAAAGCGAUACAAACCCGUUUCUCGACUCAGAAUCUUGGAGCUUUGCAUCGGCUGUCUUAGUUGCUAACAGCCCGCAACUCUUGCUCUCAUUUUGCUACCUCGCUUACAACAACUUAUUCACAAGGCUACAAAUGGCGAAGGAGUGGGCAACCUACAGUCAGGGGUAUUAUCCGCUACGUGUCACCGAUCCCAAGGGCGAGCAAUUUUCAACAUACAGACUACAACUUCCAUACAAGUAUUCCAUACCACUCAUUGCCUGCAGUAUCCUGCUACAUUGGCUACUGUCAAACACCAUCUAUGUAUUUGUCUCUGCCGGGGGUUACUUUGACAAUGACCUUUUUACUUACCAACGUGGAUAUGAUUCCAGCCUCCCCGAUGGCACCAUUGUUUCAGUAGGCUACUCGACCUGGUCUCUGAUUGUAAUGUUGGCCGUCUCAGUCACGCUCGUCACCAUCCCAAUCGCCUUAUCCUUCAAAAAGCUACCCUCGGGCUCCUUGAUCGUGGGCAGCAACUCAAUGGCCAUUAGCGCUGCUUGUCAUGUAUCCUCAGUGUCCAACGUUGCAACAAGAGGGGCCUUGUACUCCAAUGAGUCGAUCAAGUCAAACCGAAGGUCAUGGAAAUGGCUCCCCUCGAGGCUUGAGGCACCGCCGCCGCCGUACUCUCCCUUGAAUGAUGCGCAAAAGGCGAGGCGUGACUCUUUACAAUAUGUACAGGGGGACGACCAGAGCCUCUUGACCCCUCAUGGCCGCCCAGAGAGCGAUCACUUCGAGAUGCGCGACUUGAGCAGACAUACCUCGCGGGCAAGUCUGCUCAGCGGCCGCGAGAGCCCCAUGACCAAGGAGGACGUGUACGAGCAGAUUGCCCGCAGUAAAGUGCGGUGGGGCGUCGUGACUAUGCCGCCAGAGUUCUAUGCCGAGUACGAGCAAGAACAGUCAUAUGGGCAUCUAAGCUUUGGCGUGGAGGAAGACGAGGUGACACCACCAGUUGACAAGGUAAAAUAUGCCUGA